AUGGCCCUUCUUGCUGCUUCAUCCUCUUUCUCUGCUCAAUCCGUCCCCAAGAAGAAUGAUGUUUUCAUCAGCUUUAGGGGUGAGGACACUCGCUCCAACUUCACCAGCCAUCUUUAUGAUGCUUUCUGCAGAAAACAAAUCAGAACCUACAUAGACUACCAACUCGUGAAAGGAGAUGAGAUCUCACCAUCACUUCUGCAAGCUAUCGAGGAUUCAUAUGUAUCAGUGGUGGUGUUAUCUGAAAAUUAUGCUUCUUCGAGAUGGUGCUUGGAUGAACUCGUCCAUAUACUCCAUUGCAAAAGAGUUCAAGGACAGAUUGUUAUUCCUGUCUUCUAUGGAGUCGACCCAUCUCAUGUACGCAAGCAGACUGGCCUUUACAAGCAAGCAUUUGAGAGAUAUGAGGGAGAUCUCAAGGUUGACCAACACGAGAGGCAAAUGUGGAAGGAAGCUCUUAAGGAAACUGCAAACUUAGCUGGUUAUGACUCCCGCAAAUUUAGGGAUGAAGCCGAAUUGAUUCAAAAGAUUGUGAAAGACAUACUGCAGAAACUGGAACAGAAGUACCCCCCAGCUGAAAUAAAAGGACUCAUAGGCAUUGAGGACAACUGCAUAGAGAUUGAAUUAUUGUUGAAAGAUGCCAAAACAAAAACCAUUGGAAUAUGGGGCAUGGGGGGUAUCGGCAAGUCAACCAUUGCCAAAACCAUAUUUUUAAAAUAUUCUUCCCAUUAUGAUUGUUCUUGCUUCUUGGAAAAUGUAAGAGAAGAGUCUAAAAAUGGACUUAGUGAAUUACGCCGUAAAUUUCUCUCUCGUUUGCUAAGGGAUGAUUUCUUUAGUGAUACUUCAACCUCUUUUCUUGAGUCGAGGCUUAGUCGUAUGGAGGCUUUUGUUGUUCUUGAUGAUAUCAGUACGGUGGAGCAAUUAGAAUCUUUGGUUGGAGAACCUUUUUGCUUUGGGCCAAAAAGUAAAGUUCUCAUCACAACAAGGGACAAGCAUGUGCUUAGCAAAGGAGUUGAUGUAAUAUAUAAGGUUAAGAAAUUGAAGUUCCAUCAAUCCCUUGAACUUUUCAGCUUGAAUGCCUUCAGCACUAGCUUGCCUAUAGUGGGAUAUGAAAAACUAACAAAAACGGCGGUUGUUUAUGCAAAAGGAAUUCCAUUGGCUUCAAAAAUUUUGGGUUCAUAUCUUUGUGGCAGAAGUAAAGAUGAAUGGGAGAGUGCCUUAAGAAGUCUUGAGAAGAGUCCACAUGAAGAUAUUCAAAAAGUGUUGAGAUUGAGUUAUGACGGAUUGAAUCAUGAAGAGAAGAAAAUAUUUCUAGACAUUGCUUGCUUUUUUAAGGGAGAGUUGAUCAAAUCUGUAAUCAGUUUAUUGGAUAGCUUUGGCUUCAGUGGAGAUAUUGGUAUAGGAAGACUUCAUGACAAGGCUCUCAUAGACGUGGACCAUGGUACACAUGUAGAAAUGCAUGAUUUAAUACAAGAAAUGGGUUUACAAAUAGUUCGUGAAGAGUCUAUUGACGAACCUGGAAGACGUAGUAGAUUAUACAAUUCUAAAGAAAUUUAUGAUGUUUUAGCUACUAACAUGGGAUCAAAGAAACUUGAAGGCAUAAAGUUGGAUGUUUCUCAAAUUAAUGAUGUACAUUUAGAAGCUGACAUUUUCAAGAAGAUGCCUAAUAUAAGAUUUCUCAAAUUUUAUUCUGCUUUCGGCAUUGGCUCAAGCCAUGUGCACCUUCCAGAAGGUCUCAGUUUUCUUCCCAAUAAGAUGAGGUAUCUAGAGUGGCAUGGAUUCCCUCUUAAAUCUCUGAGGUCCACAUUUUGUCCUGAAAAACUUGUUAAGCUCUACCUACCCGGUAGCCAUUUACAAAAGCUUUGGAAAGGAAUGCAGGAUUUGGUGAGCUUACAAGAGAUAGACCUUAGUUAUUCCAGACAACUACAAAAGCUGCCAAAUCUCUCCAAAUGCUUGAAUCUCAAAGUGGUACGUCUUCAGGAAUGCGAAAGUUUGUGCUCUGUUCAUUCCUCAAUCUUGUCUCUCGACUCGCUUGUUGAGUUGAACUUAGGUUGGUGCGUGAAACUUAGGAGUCUAAAAAGUAAGUCACAUUCACGUUCUCUACGACAUAUCGCUGUGGUAGGGUGCUCGAGUCUCAAGGAGUUCUCAGUGUCAUCGGAUGAACUGAGAAGAUUGGAUUUAGUUGAGACAGGAAUUGAAAUCUUGCACUCGUCUGUAGCGCGUUCAAGUAAAUUGGAAAGGCUCAGUCUUAGUUGCUCAACACUUGUGAAACUUCCCGACCAAUUAUCUUGCUUGACAAGUUUGACGGUUCUUAAUCUUCGAUACUGUGAAAUGAUUGAUGAUUCGAAGCUACGUAUCCUUUUUGAUGGCAUGUUGUCUUUAAGAGAAGUGAUGCUGGAUGGGUGCGGUAAAAUAAUUGAACUCCCCAGUAACACUAAGCAUCUUUUAGGAUUGGAAUAUCUUAGCGUCAGGGAUUGUAGGGGGCUUCGUUCUUUACCAGAACUCCCACCAUCCAUUGCAAGACUAGAAGCCGAUUAUUGCAAGUCGUUGGAAAUUGUGUCAACUUGUAGGCCAUCAAGUGGUAACCCAUUAAGCUUCUCAUUCAAGAAUUGUGCGCAACUGAAUGAACAAUCGCUUCACAAUAUCAUGGAUGCCGCUGCCUAUUCUAUACGUUAUUUUUUAUUGCACAAAGAUGAGGAUGACAUAGAUCCUUAUUGGAUUGAAGAUGAGGACAUAGGUCCUCGUGGGAUUUGUGUUCCCGGAAGCAGAGUACCAGAGUGGAUCAAAUACAGGGCAGCGCAAAGCUACAUAAUUGUUGAACUCCCUCCACUUUCAGACUCAAUGCAUUUCUGCUUCUGCGUUGUAGUUGAUAUUGACUCAGAAAGUGACUGGUUAUAUCACAAGUUGGAAUGCUCAUGCUACUUGGAAGGUUUUAAUUCGACGCAUUCAGUAUACGGACUGCUUGAUAGAGAUUUGGAAUCUGGUCAUGUUUUUAUAUGGGAUGAUCCCUUCAUAUCUAGAGAGAUGAUGGAUGAAAUUAGAAGAAGAAGAAAUCAACAGUUGUUCGCUAACAUGCAGCUUUUCUUUGUAUUCUCUACACUAACUCCUGAUCAUAUUGUCCAUAGCGAAACGAUCAAAGAAUGCGGGGUGUGGCCAGCAUCUGUCUCAGAAUGUCGGAAAUUUGUUGAGCAAAUGGAAAUUGAGAGGAAAAGGAAGAGGCCUCGGGAUGUUGAAGAGCAACAACCAACACUUCGGUUUAAAAAAAAAGGAGUUUGA